UGCCUCGUUUGCUACCAUCGCCUAUACGUAUAUAGCUCAGAUUGCUGGCAUUAGACUCUCGUUGAGAUCCACAUAAUCUUAGCCCUCCCUACAAUCGCGUACCAGCUCACCGCACCCCACUACGCGUAGAUAGCAUGGCAGACACCCCUACCGAAGUUGGCGAGGCUGUCCCUGCUGCCCAGAAGAGUAGCUGGGCAUCUUUCUUGAAGUCGAUCGGAUCCGUGUCUGGCGAUCUCUCAUCGCUCACGGCACCACCGUUCAUUCUCUCGCCCAUUUCACUCACCGAGUUCCCAGCAUACUGGUGUGAGCGCCCAGAGCUCUUCGCUGCAAUUGCCGAAGCGCAGACUGACGAGGAUCGAUCGAUUGCCGUCCUGAGAUGGUUCAUCAGCACAUUGAAGGGCCAGUACACAUCGCGUAAUGAGAAGCUCGGGUCAGAGAAGAAGCCUCUGAAUCCUGUCCUCGGAGAGCUUUUUUACGGCUACUGGCCUGAUAUCGAUGGCCGCGGGAGGACGAAUCUGGUCGUGGAGCAGGUCUCCCACCACCCGCCUAUCACGGCGUACUAUAUCGACAACACAAGCAAGGGCCUUGCGCUCCAGGGCCAUAGUGCGCAGAAGACGAGCUUCUCUGGCGGAAGCAUCAUCGUGAAACAAAUUGGUCAUGCCAUCCUGACUGUCGACAUCCCUGGUGGCGGCAAGGAGGAGUUCUUGAUCACCUUGCCUCGCCUUCGCAUCGACGGUCUUUGGUACGGCUCACCUUACAUCGAGCUUACGGAAUCUUCGUACAUCCAGAGCUCCACCGGCUGGCUGUCCGCUAUUGAAUAUAAGGGCAAGGGGUACUUUGGUGGCAAGUCACAUCAGUACAAGGCGGUACUGACGCCGCCGGGGUCGAAUAACGCCCAUCGUACCUUCGAAGGCCUCUGGCACACGACGAGCAAGGACCUCAAGACGGGUGGGAUAUUCCAUGAUGUCCAGGGCCCCAAGGAGGAGGUCACAGUUGCGCUGAUUGACGAUAUGGACGACUGGGAAAGCCGCAAGCUCUGGCGAUACGUUGCGAAGGGCAUCCGCGAGGGUGACUUCGAGACGGCCAGCCGGGAGAAGAGCAAGAUUGAGAACGAGCAGAGGCAAAGGAGGAAAGACGAGCUUGCAGCCGGUAUCACAUGGCCACUCAAGCACUUUGAACACAUCGAAUCAGACCCUGUCUAUGAACGCCUUGGCCGGCUUUUCAGGGCUAAUCCGUCUAUGGAAGAUGCAUAUGUCUACAAAGGCAACGGCCCCUACGACCAGCCUGAUGCACCCACGGCGUGAGGACGCAUCUAAACAAGAGCUUAUAGAAUUGGAUCUGCACUAAUUGAUUAAUCUCAUGUACUGUACUUUGAUGAGAGGUGUAUAACUGAUCUGGUAUG